UUGUAAUAUUAUUGUUAAUUAAUUUAGAUGAUGUCAGCUAGCCGAGGUAUUGCCCGACCUUUAAGCUCAGCCAUUAACUCUGCCCAAUUCUCCAACAAUUCAUCAGUCCUUUUCCAAGAGAAGAAAGCUCAAAGCUUCUCUGCUCUUUCUGCCCUUUCUGCAAUCAGACCAAUCCACACUAGUUCAAUUAGGAAUGAUAUUGAUUCUGCUGCUAAGUUUAUCGAUCCUGGAGCACAUACUGUUGGUGUUGCCGGUUCAGGGGCUGGAAUUGGUUCAGUCUUCGGAAGUUUAAUUAUUGGUUACGCUCGUAAUCCAUCAUUGAAGGCACAACUUUUCCAAUAUGCUAUCCUUGGAUUUGCUCUUUCUGAAGCUAUGGGUCUCUUCUGUCUUAUGAUGGCCUUUUUAAUUCUUUUUGCUUUUUAAGCACCUGAUUCAACAAAAAUUGGCUUAGCUUACCUUAAAGUUUACAAUCACACUCGAUUCAGAUUGUAGUAAUAGUAUUGUUUCGAUUCCAUUUGUUCUAUAUGUAUUGGUUGUAUCAAUGAAUUUAAUGUAACAACAGUUUUGGAAACGAAAUUAAAAUUAUGGACCGGUGAUUAUUGUUUCAUUCAACAUUUUAA